CUCGGUGUAGCGUUCCCCCUCCAACCAAUGAAGAGAGCCCUCUUAGCUGCCAAUUGUUCCUACAGGGAUGGCCGGGACCUCGGCGGAGAAGCUGUGACCAGCCACCUCAUUGCUCGUAUGGAACUUGCAACUUGGUAGUCGGGCACCUCUCAGCUCCAGCUCUUUCCCAGAUUCUGCGGAUUCUGCUUCAAACCUUGGAAAAAGCUUGGAACUUGGAAUUUAGAAUUCUGUCCUGACCGCAUCUGAUCCAUCCAUUUGCUGCCUCGCUCCUGCCGCCGUCGCCGCCGCCCACAGCUAAACCACAACAACGAAGCUCCAGAACAGCAGGGUUCUUCCACGUAGCCCCAACCCCAUUCUUUUUCACAUUAGGAUUAGGUGUUAGGUGCCACUUGCUUCCCCCCAGCCCGCUAUUUUCCAGGUUCAACCGUCGCAAAACAACCUCGGAAGUUUACCACUUACAAACCCAUUUCCCAACGGCGGAUAACGACCAGCGAACAGCGAACAACGAAGAGCUACGUCUCGGUAUAUGGUCACUGUUCUCUUGACCUAGGUAUCGGCAUCUGCUUAAUAACAACCAAGGCCUUUUUCGAUCGGGUCGCGGCCGGAUUGUUUGCGUUGUGAUCUGCAUACCACUAUUUACUCCACCGCUCCGCGCGAGGGCCUUCUUUAUAGGCUUAAGUUUGCGAUGGUCCAGCCUGAAUAAAUGUCGUCGUCGUACGAAUCCUCGAGGUCUCGCCGGAGGGGCGCCUGGGGCCACUGGGUUCCCCUCGUCGUUACCCUCACUGUCGCGACAGUCGGCGUCGCCGCUUGGGCAUGGAGCCAACGUACCAACGAACACGAAGAAGAGGAGAGCGAUCCUGAGCCCGCCGACCUCGAUUACGAAAAUGCCGACUAUGGCGAGAACCCGCCUUACGGCGCAACUGGAAGAGUGUCCCGUCCACCGGGCGACGGUGCCGAUCCUUCCUUUCGACCCGAGGACGUGAGCUACGGCGUCGACGAGAUGCAUCCGGAAGCGACUGGUGUCUCUGCGGGAUGGGGAUCUCAAGUGUCCGGUGCUCUGCGACGCACUCCUAGCCCGCAGCAGUUCCUCUCCAACGCCGGAAAGACGGUCGUGGCAGGAAUGGCAGGAGUCGGUGCAGCCGUUGGUAGUGCGCUAGCUGCUAUACGAGAAGAUGAUAAGAACGCUUAUGCUGACCAUGAGACUUGGUCAGAGGAAGCCGAGGCUCGAAAGGAGAAAACAUCGCCACCUCAGUCUAAAGACUCUGGCAAACGGCGGAAGACGGUCGCGAUCGUGGUCUCAGCAGACACCAAUAUGGAUGAGUUCGACGCAGAGGGGUUUCAUGAACAUGCUUCGAUCCUUACUCAUAUACCGCGGACUGCCGAUUUUUCCAAGAUCAAACUAUUCGUAUUGAUCUAUGCGCCAGGUCUCAAGGACACCGCCCUUGAAACAUCACCUAGUAAUCUACCUCCAGCAUCUUUAAGUUCGUCGUUCUCCAACAUCGCAAACGAGCAAGCUCACACGCCAGGAGAAGAGGUGAAAAGUCCAUUGCUGAGCUCUACCGUCAAUACGCCUUUCAAUGCAGUAUACUCUCAAGCGUUAGCGCUAGUGGAAAAGGAGACCAUGAUUCUACCAUUUACAUCUGCCAACGGCCAUGUACACAUUCUUCGUCACUUACAGCCCGAUGUAGUCUACCUCCAAGAGUCUCUUGCUGGCGAAGAUGGGGCUGUGGUCACGCAGCUACAGACUUGGCUCAAAUAUGACGUGAUCCUGGUGGUCGGAGCUGAUGGUGGCCAUGGUGGGCUUGCGGAUAGCGAAUCGGAGGCCGAAAACGCAGAGAAGAAGAAAAAGAAGGAAGAAGAUCUGUGGUGGCAACGAGAAGAGCGGGUUGGAAGAGGCAGAGGUGUCGUGGUUGUUGACAGCCUACGGGUUGGUGACGAUUGGGCGCGUAGGGUUCAAGGCAAGGAGUGAUAAUAUUUUAGUAUCACACGGGGAAUGGUGACAUGAGUGGAACGAAUGAAUCGGCGGUCUUGUCUUUGCAAUUUUUGAAAUAAAUUUGGAUAUUUGGACACGUCCUUUGUAACGGCAGAUAUAUGAAUUACCUCUUCCAAAGGUACCUAUCCACGAGGUGGUUUGCGAUUGAGUACAGGUUAUGUAAGUAAUAGGACAUGUAUAUAUUUUUUCUUGAACAUUUAUACGGUUAUGCAUUUAUACCCAUAUUCUAUGUAUUUUUGGACGGUGAUUGCACGUAAGAAAGUUAGCAAAUUUACCAGUCUUUUUAA